AUGUCCCAAGAAGAUUCAACACCAGCGACACCUGCACCAGCGACAUCUGCACCAGCUCAAGACAUGAUGCAGAUAAUGACACAGAUGAUGCAACAGCAAAUGCAGAUGAUGCAGCAGAUGCAGAGCCAACAACAGAUGCACUUCUCUCAAUCUCCGAAGAAAGCACAAGAGCUCGAAGCCGGUCUCAAUGUCCUCAGAAACGACUACAAGCGUGAACAACUUACAUUAAGAAAAGACGAAGAGUAUGAUCCGAUUGAAGCUCAAGAAAUCAAAUCCUCAGCUUCGACGAAGACCAUCCAAGAAGAAAAAGACCAAGACGAGUACCUUACAAAGUCUCAAAGACUCUUUGUCCUUGAGUUCUUUACCAUAUCAGCACUCAGAUCUAUGCACAAUUGGAAGGGUCGUACACCAAUUGGCUCCAACAAGCGUGAUCUCCUGAUGACCGCUGUUCCUCUCAUCAAAACCAAGACACAACUAAUAGACUUUAUCCUCAGUGCUUGUCCUGAUGAGAUCUAA